AAUAGACACCGACACCCACACCCACACCCUAUUUGUGAAGUGGUUACUAUAUGAAAACAGCUUAUGCAAUUUGUGAAAUACGAUCAUAUAUCAUAACAGCUAGAUGGGUAGCGACUGAGUAUGCGCUUCUCGAUUACGACAUGAGCAGCUUCAUUUUUGAUAGAAAUGAGAUCGACCUGAGUAGUUUAUAUUGAAGUACAUUGUGGCCACUGCUUACGGUGAGACCGAUGAACCAACGACUGGUAGCCACCGUCACCGUUGCAUCCCUAAUUCUUAAAAGUAUAACAAAAUUCAAUUAUUUAUCUUUCAUCUAGCUUAAGAAAAAAAUGUUUCGCUGAUUAUUUAUUUUUCUAGCUUUUGACAAUUCAGAUAUUAUUGAUGAAGUGAUUCAAUUUUUUCGAUCCGAUACUUUCUUUCAUAAUUAUGAAGUCAAAGUGAAAUAAAUAAAGUUGUAUUUAUUAAUAAUGCAUGAAGCUGAUUCGAAAUUGAUUUAUUUGACAUUCUACAUACCCGUAUGUUUAUUACGACAUCUUGUGAAAAUGUUAAUUUUCACUUCUUUUUCUCAUACUAAAUAAGAUUAAUUAAUUGUUUUCAGUAUCAAUAAAGUACUCAAGCACAAUAAGAAUUAUCAUUAUUAACCAUACCAGUAUUUCCUAUUCCAAGUGAAACAGAUUUUUCACUUAAUGGCAUGUUUAAUAGACUAAUACAUAAUGAAGUUGGUUAGUGAUUAUAGAGUGUAAUGAUUGUAUGAUUGUUCAAGUUAUUGAUCUCGAAAUAAACAACUCAUCAAAAGUAAAAAUGAACAUAUAUAUUGAAAACCUAGUGAUGGCUAUGUUGUGUUAGUCACCAUUUUACAUAUAAAAGUUUAUUAAACAUUGGCUUGUUAUAAAUUAAAAUACAAAAACACGAAGCUAAUAAGAAUUUAUUUCUAAGAAAAUUCAAAUUUCUUGACGUACCUUUGUUUCUUAUCAACAGACUAUAUCAUCGAGUGCGUGAGCAUCGUGGGUGUUUUAUUUUCAUCCAUACUCACAGUCAAAGCGAAAUCGUACCAUUUUCUGAAAAAAUCGAUCAUAUCAAGAUAUCACAUGCGCACAAUGACCCAUUCUUGACAAGUAAACUGUGACUUUUCGCUCAACAACAGAUCACAAAAUGAGACUAAAACUUGAAUCGUAAGCUUAACUCAUGAAAGUCUACCAGUCUUCUCAAUUUCAUCGAUUACUGACAGCUUUUGAAAAUCGGUGUUGUCCUUUUAUAUCGAAUAUAUGAAAACUUUCGGUAGAUAUACUGAUGAAAAAGAAUAUAUUUCUUCUUUGUAUAUUAUUAACAAAUAAAAAUCCUCUUAUCUAUGUAUCUCUCGUUCUUAGGAACUUUAUAUGAAUCAACCAUAAUAACCUACUUAUUGAAAACAAUAAAAUGUAUGCUAAUAAAAAAUAAAGCUGUAAAAGUCAGAUCUCUUUUUUAUUGUUGUUGCUGCUGUAUUUUGAAUAACUUUAUCACGUACACAAGUAUUGAUGAUAGUAAAAAUGCGAUUGCUCCCGCUAGACAAGCAAUACUACCUACGAGAUCAUACUGGUCACCACCUAAGAAAAAUCCUCCACCUGUUAGAAAUCCAAAAGAACCAAACAAUGAUAGGAUGUUUAAUAAUUUCAUUGUUGUAAAUCUCGUCGAUUUCAUUUGUAAUUUAAUUAGAAGCCAUAUAGUACUCACAGCUCCUAGACUUGUACCACAACGAAAGAUCCAGUUUCCAACAAGUUCGCCAUAUGCACCGAAUGCUGGCCAGAACGCGAUUGAAGCAAUCGUUAAUAAGAGACCACUAACACUUCCGAGUGUAUUUCGACAGAGUGACACUGCUAAAUCUAUGUCAAGUAGCUUAGUUUCCGUAUGAGGUGAGCCAGUAUUGUUAGAAGAAAUACUUUGAAAUGUGGCUGUUAGUUGUUGAAGUGAACCAAGACAGAUUAGAGCCGAACCAAAAAAAUAAGUCAAUGCAGAUGCUUUAGAAAACGAAUCGAUGUUAGAAAAGUAAGGAUGAAGAAAGAUUGAGCCCAAGAUAAAGAAGCAUGAACUAAUAAUAAAAAAUAAGGCAUUCACAUGAUACUUCCAGUUCAUUUGAUAUAUAUGCAUUAUAUUUUAUACAAAUCAGGAGUGCAUGAUGCCAAAAAACAUUACACUAAUCUGUGUUGUCGUUUUUCUUUUCUUUACCUAUAUCAUGAGUGAAAUAACAUUAAUAUGGGAGAACGAAAAAUUUAUCACCAAAAAUAUCUACGAAAAAAGAACAACAUAUACUUUAGUGCCUGAUGUGUGUCGUGCAAACCAUGCUAUGAUCCAAGGGGGAAAAGGCGAUUUGCGAUUUUGUGAUUUAAAACGAUUUGAAAUGAUUUGGAAUGAUUUAUGGUGAUUUGAAAUAAUUUAUGGUGAUUUGGAAUGAUUUAUAGUGAUUUUAAAUGAUUUAUUAUGAUUUUCGUGAUUUGACGUGAUUUUCAUGAUUUAAAUGAUUUUGUUUCAUUGAACAUAGUUGUAAAUAUUUAUCUCAUAAAUGAAUCCCUAGGGUUAUUUUCAAUUGCUAUCUCCUAUGGAAACAAUAGUGGAAAUUUACAAUGUUUUUGUUUAGAUACUUCAGAUCAUUAAUGAAGUCAUUGUUGAAAUAUCGGCUCAAUACACAGCAAAAGUCAAAGAUUUGCAUAGAUAAAUUCAUAUUGAAAUAGCAUAGUACAUGAAUAAUACUUUUUAAUUCUCUUUUCUGCACAUUCACUCAAUCAGAUACCAUUACUAUCACUGAAAGACUGACUACAUGUUAUGUUAGUUCAUUAUGUGAAAUAUAGAAACAAAAAAAAUGUUAUUUGUUUCUGUGAUAACAGAAAUAUAAUGUAUAUGAUAGAGAAAUAUAGAAAAACUCAUUGUUUUUCUUUGACCCUAUUUAUCCGAUCAGAAGACAAAACAGGUUUAGAUUUUGAGAAAUACCAAUUUGCGGUCUGUUUGUGCAUAUAUUUCUUCUGCCCAUUGAUCUCGAUGAGAAAGAAAGAUUCUGAUUGACAACUGCCGAUGGAAUCAUAGGUGCGCAUGCCAUCGAUCGUGGAACUAGAUACACCAGGAAGAACAUGAAGAUCAAAGUCAUCAUUUAGUAUUGAUUCAUCAUAUUCAUUCAUGUCGUCAUUUUUCAUAGACCGUUUAUUAUGUUGAUGUUGUUCAUGAUUUUCAUCUUCUUCUUGCUCAUUAUUAUUCGAUUCAGCAUCUUUCUUGUUACAACUUUUACACUUUGAUCUUGCUAGCUUCUUGUAUGCUAAACUAUUCACUUCUUCGAAUGAAAUAAUGUUAUCAUUGGGACUGAGAAUAGAAAAACUACAACCAGAUGGGUGGUGGUGGGGGUGGGUGUGGGUGUGGGUGUGGGUGUGAGUGUGGGUGUGGGUGUGUUCUUCUCUUCUACUCUCAUAGCCACACCCACACCCACACCCGGAAACUAAUAUAACUCAUCGAAUUAAGGUUAUGGAUUGGCAGUUAGAUUUCCUUGCAUUCUAUCAAACAAGAAUCGAAAAUAGCUCAUUUAGUCUCUAAAGUUUUUCUGAUUCCUCAUUCAAUAUUUUUAACAUAUCUUACUGAAAGAGUAUGUAAGAGUGCAAUGCUCGCUUUUUUGGAAGCGAAAACGAAUCACUAUUCGAUAUUCUCAAAAACUCUGCAAUAGUAAAAGAAAUCUUAAACUUGUGAAGGUUCGAAGUAUUGAAUCAUUAUGACUGUCUUCCUCCAGCAAGAGGCUUCGAUAGACGUUGUACUGUUACAUUCUCUUGAAAUCAAAAGAGGUUGAACAUGGAGAAUGGACUUCCAAAAAGACGUUUGGAAGACUAAAUGAACUAUUUUCAAUUCUUGUUUUACACGUAUCUUACGAAUUUUCUUUCGUUAGAUUCUGAAAUAUAUCUUGAAAAUACUAUGUGAUUUGGAUUUAUUGGAUCUCACACCAAGCUUAAGGAGGAAUGAACUCAACACUGAAUCUACAAAGUUUUCAGCUAUUCAUAGUUUACGUAAAGUGAAAACCGCUUGAGGAUUCAUAUAUAAUAUCCACCAUUUGAUUAGCUUUUCAUGACCAAUAUUUGAAAGUCAUAAACAUUAUCAUUUGUAUUUUCUAGAAGAUUUAUGAAAGCACGUAGGAAGUUUUCAUAGACUGUACAAGCUGCAGUAUAUUCAAGUAAAACCGUUCAUUUAGUGCCAUAUCACAAUCGUGAGUUCAUUUCAUGAAUACCCCAACAGCUGCAUCAUAAUUCUCGAUGCCCGAGUUAUGGUUAUGAUGACUUUUCUAUAAGCAGCUAUCUACGUGAAUGACUGUCAUUGAUCAUUUUAAUUGAUUAAUCACAGAUGCAUACGACAAUGAAUAAGAAAUAGAGGAAGAUAUAUAAGACAAUCCUUAUAAAACUAUACUGCGAAGCAUGCUGUACUCAUUUCACUGAUAAAAUAAUCAUCUCCAAUAAACAGCGAUAUUGCAGGAAUCUAUAGUACCAAAAAUUGUUCAGAAGCAUUAUACUCUGAAUCAGUUUUGAAGAAAUUGUUGCUUGUUGUUUUAGCUGCCUCAUACAAUCGACCUAAUCUUAGCCUUUAUGCAUCUUGGAACGACGAUGCAAGUACAUUUGCUGAUCAGACUUUCAUUGGACAAAAACCUACUGGUCUUUUCGUCAACGAUCAAGACGUUGUCUAUGCUGCUAAUCGUGAAAAUGGUCAGAUUUUAUUAUGGAACAAUACAUUGUCGACUCCAACAAGAAUUAUUUCGACAAACUCGACUAGUCCAUGGAGUCUUUUUGUCACAAUCGAUGGUGAUAUUUAUGCUGACCAUGGUAGUAACAAUGGUCAUGUCAAUAAAUGGACAUUCAACGCAACACAGAGUGAGAUUGUAAUGAAUGUCCAUGGCUGGUGUACAGGACUUUUCAUUGACAACAAUAACCAUUUGUAUUGUUCUUCGAUGACAAACCAUCGUGUUGUUACAACGGCACUUAACAAUGGGCAAAGCGCACCAGUGGUAGUGGCUGGCACGGGAUGCCCAGGUCCUGUACCGAAUAUGCUUGAUCAUCCACAUGGAAUUUUCGUGGAUGAUCAAUUCAAUUUAUAUGUAGCUGAUACAGACAAUAAUAGAAUUGAACUUUUUGCACCAGGUCAAAAAAAUGCGAUCACACUGGCCGGUUUUGGAGCAAUGGUCUACUUUAUACUCAAUAGACCAACAAGUAUUGUACUCGAUGGCGAUGGUUAUCUGUUUAUUGUAGAAAGUCAAAAUCAUCGAAUCAUCCGAUCAGUACCAAAUGGAUUCAAAUGUUUGGUUGGAUGCUCUGGUAGCAGUGGAAAAACAUCAAAACAAUUGGACUACCCACAAACAAUGGCUUUUGGACACUACUGGAAACAUAUUUGUGAACGAUUUCAACAAUCAUAG